CUGAUGGGCACUGAUAGGCAGCACUAAUUAGGGGUCACGGAUAGGCGGCACGGAUAUGCAGCACUGAUAGGCGGCACUGAUUUGACACUGAUGAUGGUACUGAUAGACGGCACUGACUGGCAUCACUUCUGGGCACUGACUGGCGGCACUGACUGGCACAACCCCUGGGCACUGACUGGUGGCACUGACUGGCAGCACUGCUGGGCUGCACUGGUGGGUGGCACUGGUGGGCAGCACUGGUGGGUGGGCACAGGUGGAUGGCACUGGUGGGCACAGGUGGAGUGGCACAGGUGGGGGCACUGCUGGGCACAGGUGGGGGCACUGCUGGGCGCAGGUGGGGGGCACUGCUGGGAACGGGUGGGC